AUGGGGAGUAGUAAAGUUUUACCACCAGAGUUAUGCACGGAGGUAUUGGUAAGACUGCCAGCGAAAACCCUAGUAAGAUUCAGGUGUGUUUGUAAAGCUUGGUGCUCUACGAUCGACGCACCUGAUUUCUUAUCGAUGCAUCUUAGUCUUUACAAGAAUAAUGUUGACAAGAAUCGUUUUCUAGUUAUGAAGUAUUCGAAUGGAUACAAUACACUUCAAGUUCGUCGAAGAGAUAACUUUAAGAUAAGUACAUCCCUUCUGCAGGAGAAGAUGAGCGGAACAACAACUGUGGUUCUUGGAUACUGUAAUGGUUUGGUUUUGCUUUCACGGAAAGAUGAUUAUGGUACGAUUAAGCUAUGGAACCCUUCUAUACAAAAAUUUAUUGUUCUUCCCCGUUGUCCUGGCGUUAGACAAAUUAAAGCUCCUAUCAUUGGAUUUGUCCCUUCUAGUCAUGAAUAUAAAGUGGCUGCCUUUAGCUUUUCUGUUGAGAAAUUAUCAGUGUCGAUUUCAGUUUAUUCAGUUAGUGAUCAUCUUUGGAGGGACAAAACCGCCAUGAUUGAUUUUCCACUUAUAUUUGUUCAAAGUAUGGGGUAUCGUAAAAUAUACGAUUACUAUAUCUUUGAUAAAUGGAAAAUUUAUUACUCUCAUAAGUAG